AUGCCCCGUGCCGUUCGAGGUCUCCUGAUCGAAUGCGAUCCUUCGAUCAAAUCCAUGAUCCUCAAGUAUGACGAAGAGCGCCAUGAUUACAUCGUGGAGGACUUGGAUGACGAAAACCACCUCGUUAUCAAGGAGAGCCAACUGGAAAACCUGAAAGUUCGCCUAGAUCAGGACCUCGACGAGAAGAUCAUGCAGCUCGAUGAAUCCGAAUCCGAAUAA